AUGUCAUCCCAGGAGCAGGGCGCCAGUGGCGCCUUACCGACCGCCAGUAAUGAGGAGCACACGUUCCCGCACUUUUCCUCGUCCCGAUCCGAUGCGCCGGGGGGCGCGCCCAGCAUUAUUUCGUCACGCAUGACAGACAUGCCCGAAGAGGUCGGCGGUGUGCCGGAAGACACGGCAACGGUCGGCGGGAGUGUGGCCGGAGACCGUUCCUCAAGACCACCGACGGCGCGAACGGGCCUGUCUUCGGCCAGGAACUCGCAGCUGCUACAUCAGAAACGGCACUCCCAACCUCUCCGUCCCGGCCUUUCCGGUAAGCGGUACAGCGCCAGUGGAAGCAGUGUUGUUUCCGGGUCUUCUGCAUACGGCGGACGUCCUGCAAGCUCAGCGACGCGGAGUCACGUUCCUUCUCUCACGUCACACGCUUUCUUCCACCCCAUGAGCUCCCAAAAGCUGCAGGCUCAGCGUGGAGCCAUCAACCGACCGCGUCAAUCACAGCUGCUGCAGAUGCAACAGGAAGGAGCUGGCGAUGAGGCUGGCACGGAGACUGGUGGCAACAUCAUGUCGCAUGUGCAGCAGUCAAGUUUUGCGCGACCCGUCUCCCGGGGCUCCGAGUUUACGGAGCAGGAAACGGUCGACCGUAUCACGGCCAACACCAGCCCUACGACGGGCUAUUACGCCGCGGCCUCUCUGAGCGACAGCGUGCGGCCACUCCAGCGAAUCCAGGCUGGAGCCAGCAGCGGAUUUCCUGUCGAGGGCGAGGGCGGUGCCGGUCGGAGAGGCGGGCUGACGGUCAGGGUGGAUAAGACAUACAAGCCCAGCACUGUAGGCAAUCCGCUGACACCUGUGCGGACGCCGCGGACGCCUCGCUCGUUCCGGUCGAGCUUUCUGCUGGGAGCCGAGUCUGCGGGGGCAAACCGUGACAUCCAAGGCGGGGAGAAGCUCGAGUCCGUGGCCUCGACGCCACCACAGACCAUGUCAGCAGCGACUUCGCAGGCACACGGCCGUGACCGGGACUGGAAGCUGGCGGCAGCCGGACGCAGGAAGCCGCAGGAUGAGGCGGAAAUCACGUACGACGGCAAGAACUACCAGUACUUUGAGGGCAACACGGUGUUCUGCUUGGGCGGACGCUUCGAAAACACAAAGUCACGGCCGUUCAACGUAGCGACCGGCACGCUGGUCGUCGUGCCCUCGAUCCUCUUCUUUGUCUUCUCGGCGUCUUGGCUGUGGCACCACGUGUCGCCAGCGAUCCCCAUCACGUUUGCCUACGUCUGCUACAUCUGCCUGUCAUCGUUUGUGCACGCGUCCGUGACGGAUCCCGGGAUCCUGCCGCGUAACCUGCACCAAUUCCCGACACCGAACGACAGCGACGACCCGCUGCGGCUGGGAGCACCGACGACGGACUGGGUGCUUAUCAAGUCGGCAGAGUCGGCGACAGCAGCCAUGGAAGUCCCGGUCAAGUACUGCCGGACGUGCAACCUGUGGCGGCCACCGCGGGCACAUCACUGCCGGGUGUGUGACAACUGCGUGGAGACGGCAGACCACCACUGCGUGUGGCUGAACAACUGCGUAGGCCGGCGCAACUACCGGUAUUUCUUCACGUUUGUGACGUCGUGCGCAGUGCUGGCACUAUACCUGACGGCGGCGUCGCUGGUGCAGAUCCUGGUGUACCGGGCACGCGAACACAUUUCGUUUGGAGCAGCCAUCAGCCACUUCCGCGUGCCGUUUGCCAUGGCCAUCUACGGCGUGCUGGGCUGCACGUAUCCGAUGGUGCUGAUGGGCUACCACAUGUUCCUGAUGACGCGCGGCGAGACGACGCGCGAGUUUCUCAACUCGCAAAAGUUCCCCAAGAAGGACCGCUACCGGUCCUAUUCGCAGACAAGCGCGUUCUGGAACUGGGUUGCGGUGCUGUGCCGCGCGAGGACGCCGACAUACUACCGCUUCAAGCAGCCACACAUGACCGGCGACCAGCGGCUGGCGGCCGAGCCGACGAGGCAGACGGCGCGCCAGCAGCAUCAGGCCACCGACAGCACCGGCAGCCGGGGCGACGCGGUUGAGCUGAAGCAUGUACCCGUGACUGAUCCUGUUGCCCCCAGCUUCCAGGGGACAGCUUCAUUGGGAGACGGGCUCUGA